CCAGGUGCUUCCCAUGUUGAGUUACGGCACAAGCUGAGUACACGGUCGAAGUUCGUUGAAGAGAUGGAGGGGAAAUUUUUUGGUUCCUUGAAAUAGUGCGCUGAGAAUUUUAAGGUUCGCCAUCCAUAGACGUGGGAUAUUCUGAAGCUUCUCCCUCAAGCUAUUGACAUUCAAGUAUUAUGGAACAUGGGAUUGCUCUCCAACUUCAAAUCGGAAAUGGUCAGAAUCAGCCCAGAAUCGCCCAGAACCCUAGAAAUUGGAAUUGAGAAGAAGAAGCGAAGAUUUCUCAAAAGCUGGGACUUUUUUGGGAGUUUUUGAUGCAACAAAUUUGAGGAUUUUGCCACAAGAGGUUCAACUAAUCUAAGGGUGAUAUUGGGACUCCAGUAUUGGUCUGUAUUUUUGGAACACAUGAGAAUGGUCGGUAUUUAGAUAAUAGAGUUCCCACAACAUUUUUACAAAUGGGUUUGCAUCAAUUCAAAAAGGGGUAAAGGUGAUAGGAUUUGUAUUGGACCUGCAUAAGCAAGGCUUGCAAACAGAGGAAAAGAAAAUUUGUAAACAUGGAUGCUUUUGACCAAUCGGAGAGGAUAUUCUUUUCACAGUCUUCUGCAAUCAUUUUCUUACACGGAUUUUCUGCUGCUUCACACCUAAUUUGGAUUUUAUUUUUGUCCAUUUCCUUGGCUUAUAAGAGAUACAUGAUGCCUACCCUUGAAAAAUCAAAACCAAUGCUGAAAAAUACAUACAUAUUAUACUAUUGGCCAACUCUUUUAUCUUCCGUAAGUCUGUUUUUCUGUGAUCUUCUCCUAUGCGUGUUAAACUCUCUCUCUGGGUAUGGACAUGGUUGGUCUGAUCUAAAGAUUGUUACCCAAUUGGAUUUUGCAUUCAGAACACUCUCUUGGUUUGUGAUUUUUACCUACUUGUACAUUCAAUUUUCUCAUACAAGUGAGAACAGGUACCCUCUUUUACUAAGGAUUUGGUGGGCCUACUACUUCUUAAUGUCUUGUUCCUAUUUUGUAAUACAUCUUGGCUUGUAUUGGAAAUAUUUGUCCUUACCACUCUUGUUAUGGGUCUAUGAUGUUGUAUCCAUUAUUGUUGGUUUGUUCUUUGGUUAUGUUGGGUUAGUGGACAAAGGGCAAGACAAUGAAGAUUCCCAUCUUUUGGAUCCUCUUUUGAAAAUUAGUUCAACUCAAAACAAUGGUGAUGGUAGAAAAGGAUCAAGUGUUGGUGAAGAGAAUUUAACUCCUUAUGUAAAAGCCAAUAUUCUUAGUAGUUUUACUUUCUCUUGGAUGGGUCCUUUGCUUGCACCCAAGCAUAAAAAAACGUUGGACCUUGAAGAUGUUCCUGAGCUUGCCAAUUGUGAUAGGGCUAAUAUAGUCUUUACUUGUUUUAGAAAUAAACUUAAAUAUGAUGGCAAUGGCAGUAGUAAUGGUGGUGAGGUAAGCAUACUCAAGCUGGUGAAAGCAUUGAUUCUCUCAAUGUGGAAGGAAAUUCUAUGGACAGCUUUAUUCUCCAUUGUAUGCACAUUGGCUUCUUAUGUUGGACCAUACCUUAUUGUUGCUUUUAUUCAAUAUCUCAAUAGCCCUUACAAACUAAAGAACAAAGGCUAUGUACUAGUGUUUAUUUUCUUUUUCUCGAAGAUUAUAAGUUGCCUUUCAGAUAGACACUUGUCGUUUCAAUUGCGAAAGAUGGCAAUUAGGGUCCGUGCUACCUUGUUCGCAAUGAUUUAUGAGAAAGGUCUCAGGCUUUCAAGCCAAUCAAAGCAAAGCUACACAAGUGGAGAGACCACUAAUUUGAUGACUGUUGAUGUUGAGAGGAUUGGAUUUUUCAGUUGGUACUUGCACGAUAUAUGGAGGGUGCCUCUUCAAGUUGUUUUAGCAUUAUUGAUAUUGUAUACAAGACUUGGGCUUGCUUCACUUGUAGCUUUUGUUACCACAAUGAUUUUGAUGUUAGUAAAUAUUCCGCUAGGAAAACUACAAGAGAAAUUUCAGGGGGAAUUAAUGGAUUCAAAGGAUAAAAGGAUGAAGGUGACAUCUGAAGUUUUGAGAAAUAUGAGAAUUCUCAAGCUCCAGGCUUGGGAGAUGAAGUUCUUGGCUAAGAUAAUUGAGCUUAGGAAUUUUGAAACAAAAUGGUUAAAAAAGUUACUUUAUACAUCCGCUAUAACUGCCUUUAUCUACUUGUCUGCGCCCAUGUUUGUAUCUGUGGUUACUUUUGGGUUCUGUAUCCUUAUGAGAAUGCCGUUAGACUCGGGGAAGAUACUAUCUGCAUUGGCAACAUUUCAGAUAUUACAAGGGCCUAUUUAUAAUCUCCCAGAUACAAUCUCUAUGGUGGUUCAAACUAAGGUUUCCCUCGACAGGAUAAUUUUAUUCCUCCGUCUUGAUGACCAUCCAAAUAUAGUACAAAAGCUUCCAAAAGAUAGUGUUGAGGUUGCAAUUGAGAUAGUCAAGGGUAAUUUCUCAUGGGAGCUUCAUUCCUCUAAUCUCACAUUAAAAGAUCUUAAUUUCCGAGUGUAUCAUGGUAUGAGAGUGGCUGUUUGUGGUUCUGUGGGUUCAGGCAAGUCAAGCCUACUUUCAUGCAUGUUGGGAGAAGUGCCGAAGGUAUCAGGAGCCAUUAAGUUGAAUGGAACAAUGGCCUAUGUUGCACAAUCACCAUGGAUUCAGAGUGGAAAGAUAAUAGACAAUAUAUUGUUUGGUAAGGAGAUGGACAAUAAAAGGUAUGAGAUGAUCCUUGAAGCAUGUUCAUUGAAGAAGGACCUAGAAUUAUUUGCCUUUGGGGACCAUACUAUUAUAGGGGAGAGGGGGAUCAAUCUGAGUGGCGGGCAGAAGCAAAGAAUCCAGAUUGCACGUGCUUUAUACUAUGACGCUGAUAUUUAUCUACUUGAUGAUCCUUUUAGUGCUGUGGAUGCUCACACAGGAACUCAUGUUUUUAAGGAGUGUUUGCUGAGAAUUUUGGGUUCGAAAACAAUAGUUUAUGUUACCCACCAAGUAGAAUUUUUACGUUAUGCUGAUCUUAUCCUGGUUAUGAGAGAUGGAAGGAUUACUCAAGCAGGAAAGUACGAAGAGAUUCUUAGUUCAGGAACUGACUUUAUGGAAUUAGUGGGUGCACAUAAGAAAGCUUUGGCUGGCCUUAAUUUUGUCGAGCAUGAAGUUGCUUUGGAUAAUUUAGUUAAUGGUGAGAAAGAUGGUAGUAUAUUGUGUAAUAAGAAGUCUAAUCAAGAUGAUGAGGAAAGGGAACUCGAAAAUUGCAAAACAGAAAAAUUGUUUGUGCCAAAAGAGCAACUUGUCCAAGAAGAAAAGAGAGAAAUGGGUGGAGUUAGUCUUUCAGUUUACUGGAAGUAUAUUACCAUUGCAUAUAAAGGAGCUUUUGUACCAUUGAUAUUGGUGUCACAGAUUCUUUUUCAGCUUCUCCUAAUAGUCAGUAGUUACUGGAUGGUAUUGUCUGCUCCCAUUUCAGAGGAUGUGAGACCUCAAGUUAGAGGAUCCACUCUCAUCUUUGUCUAUGUUGCUUUGACCCUUGGAAGCUCUCUUUGUGUACUUAUAAGGUCCAUGCUCAUUGUAACGGUUGGAUAUAAGACAACUACUCUGCUCUUCAACAAAAUGCAUUUAUGCAUUUUUCGUGCUCCCAUGUCAUUUUUUGAUUCUACUCCGAGUGGAAGGAUUCUAAAUCGGGCAUCUAUAGAUCAAAGUCAAGUUGAUACCGCUGUUCCACAUCAAAUUGAAGAACUUGUUAUCUCAAUCAUAGAAUUCUUAGGAACUACUGCAGUAAUGUCACAAGUUGCAUGGAAAAUGUUAAUAGUUUUUAUUCCGAUGACCGUGACAUGCAUUUGGUACCAGCAAUAUUAUACAUCCGCAGCACGAGAACUAUCACGGUUGGCUAGAGUAUGUCAAUCACCAAUUAUACAACAUUUUUCUGAAUCUUGUUUAGGUUCAACAACAAUAAGGUGCUUUGAUCAAGAAGAGAGGUUUAUGAACACAAACUUCAAGCUCGUGGAUGCAUACUCUCGGCCCAAAUUUCAUUUCUCUGGUGCAAUGGAGUGGUUAUGUUUCCGCAUGGAUAUGUUGGCAUCCAUCACAUAUGUUGUAUCUUUGGUUUUCUUGAUCCAACUGCCAAAGGAAGUACUUAGUCCUGGUGUUGCGGGUUUAGCAGUCACAUAUGGGCUUGGUUUCAGUUUGCAUGGGGUCGUAUGGGAUCUUAACCGUCUUGAGAAUAAAAUUAUAUCUGUUGAGAGAAUAUUGCAGUACGCUUACAUCCCAAGUGAACCCCCUCUGUUGGUAGAAGAAAAUAGGUUAGAUCGUGAGUGGCCAUCACAAGGGAAUAUUGAUGUUGUUGACCUGCAGGUCCGGUAUGCUCCACACCUUCCUCUUAUCUUGCGAGAUCUGACGUUCACUUUUCCUGGAGGGAUGAAGAUUGGCAUCGUCGGGCGAACAGGAAGUGGUAAAUCAACUCUCGUACAGGCUAUUUUCCGCAUGCUUGAACCUGAAGCUGGUCAAAUUAUGAUAGAUGGUAUCAACAUCUCCAAGAUUGGCCUUCAUGACUUGCGGUCAAGAUUGAGCAUUAUGCCGCAAGACCCAACAAUGUUUGAGGGGAGUUUAAGAAGUAAUAUUGAUCCGCUUGAAGAGUACACUGAUGAACAGAUUUGGAAGGCUUUAGACAGAUGCCAGCUUGGUGAUAAAGUUAGAAAGAUGGAAAAGAAGCUUGAUUCCUCAGUGACUGAGAAUGGAGAGAAUUGGAGCAUGGGUCAAAGGCAACUAGUUUGUUUAGGGAGAGUAUUACUCAAGAGGAGCAAAGUGUUAGUACUCGAUGAAGCUACUGCAUCAGUGGAUACUGCGACUGACUAUUUAAUUCAAAAAACGCUUAGGCAAUGCUUCUCAGGGUCUACCGUCAUUACAAUUGCACAUAGGAUAACAUCAAUUCUUGAUGUCGAUAGGGUUCUCUUUCUUGAUAAUGCAGGCCUUGUAUUAGAGUAUGAUUCCCCAGCGAAAUUGCUUGAGAUCAAGUCCUCAUCAUUUGCAAAGCUUGUUAAAGAGUAUUCUGGAAGAUGAAGUUCCUAGUUUUUUGAGGGCUAAGUGAGUUUUGAAGGUUCAAAUGUAAGUAGGAUGCAUUAGGUUGCUAAACUAGUGAGUUUAAAGUUUCAAAUCUAAGCAGGCUGCAUCAGAUUGGGGUGCAUUUCUAUUUUCAGUAUGACAAAAAUGUGUUAUGAGGCUGCUUGUAAUCAUUUGAGUUGGCAUUGGUGUUCAGUUCUAGUAUUGGAGUUAUAAAAGAAGAUGAGAGGUUAAAAUAAAAUCAUUUUCUUUAUACA